GAUGAUGUCAUGAAUGAAGAUGUCAUGAUGAAGGCUCUACGCCUUGCGGUUUUGGACAAUAAGAUUUUUUAGGUUUUUCAUUUCGGUUGCCAUGGCACCCAGAGUUCUGUGUAGAAUUCAAUUCUUUGAACAACUUUUGAAGGGAACCAUCCAAGGAACAUCCAGGCCAAGUUUCCCAAACUUCCAUCAAAUGAUUUCAGAGGAGAUGUUGUUUAAAGGAAAGUGUGGACGGACAGACGCCGGACGUAUACGGACCCCAGACGGUGAGCGAUCACAAUAGCUCACCACCCACGAGCACUUUGUGCUCAGGUGAGCUAAAAACUGUUGUUUUCUGGUUUCUUACUUUGAAACAAAUCUUAUACUUAAGGUGUCUUAAGUAAAGCGAUAAUGACACUAGUGCAUAUCAUUUCUACACAGGCAAAAUCGGCUAGUUCUUAGCUACUUUCGUGUAAUUUCAUAGAAUAAUUAUGACUUGUCCUUCUGAUCAUAUACAAUUCGUUCAAUUUUUCGAUUUCGUCAUCACAUUAACUUAGUUUGUCCGUACAAAACACUUUUAGAAACUGAAGGCCAUAUUUGUUUUCAAAGUGAACCACAUACAUUUUCCUUUUAUUCAAAUAUUUUUGUUAUCCUUUAUUAAUGAAAACCUAAUAGGCGCGAUAAAGAUACAUAAUCCUUAUUGCGUUGUCUGCUGACAAUUUGUCUUCCUUGAUUAGAUUUUCAAAUAAGAAAACCAAAAUUAUAACAACCAAGUUUAGGCACUGCCAUAGAUAAAUAAUUAAUAAUCUAUAUCGGACAAACGCUUUAUCCACCAUUCUGUUGAGUCUUGAGAGAAAGAAAUCUUUGUCAUAACUUAAUGUUUCUUAAGCGUUUGUUCAAUUUCAUUAAACGAAAGGUUAUAUUCUAAUGAAGUAUUUCAAAAUUGAUUUCUUUUCACAUUAUAUUUCUAUGUUGUAUACUGUGUAGUAGGUUUAUAGUUAAGGUAUUAGAUCACUAAUAGUAAUGUUUACAAAAUGGCCUUUUCUUGGUAUAUUCCGAAAGGUAACCGUGUUUUGCACUAUUUUGCAAUUUUUAAACAAUUUUUACCGUGCCGUUUUUUAUAAAUUUUAAAUAACUUAUGGUAUCUCCUCAAACUCAAGUAGAGACACAUUUCAAAGUGGUAGCCACUAUCCAAAACGUUUGCAGAGAACUCAUUUUACCAUUAAGUUUAAUAAAAGAAACAUCAAACUAUUGGUAAACAAUUAUAAAACACAAAAAAAUGUCAAUAUCAUUUUUUCUGUGGUGCCUCAAGUAAACGGAUUUAAUGAGACAUAAUUCAUACUUUAACAUUGAAAAAAUAAGGUCGAAUGCUGUGUUUCUGUUUUGAAGUUUGCUUACUCCAUUUAAAAAUAACCUAAGGACAGACGUAAAACCUACCUACAUGUAUUUUUUCCACAAUAUAUAGUCUAAAAGUGAAAGCAAAAUAGAGAACUUUCACCGCGUGUAACUCAAUAUUUUUAAAGAUGUGUAACUCUACCCCUUCUGUUUAAGUAGUAAAUUCACUUUGAGCACCAAGGAAUCGUUUAUAAGAUUCAUCUUUUUCUAUUUUUGUAUGAAAUCAAUAAUAAGUCUUGAAAGAAAUAAAAACUUACUAGACAAAAGGAAAAUAAGGAAAAGAAAUUGUUCCUUGUAGGGCUUGAACGUACGCCCCACUACACCCCACUAAUUGCAGUAAAAGUAGGUUUAUGGUAGGAAUUGAAUACUCUUUAAAAAAGGAGAUUCUCUAUUAGUGAUCUAAUACCUUAAUGUAUUAAAAUUAUUAAUAUGAUCGAUGAAUAUAUUAGACAUUCAAUAUAAUAAUACAAAGCAAUAUAUACAAAGAUAUAUGAAAUACCUUUGAAAUGCAGGAAAAAUGCUCUCAUAAAGUCUACUCAUUAUUUGUCUUUGCGUCUCUCUUGGCAGCUUCCUGGUGUUACUUUGUUUCAAAAACAACCGCAGUAUGGACAAAACAGUACGCUGAGUGUAAUAUGGCCACACCUACAAUACAAUAUGAGAAACCUGAACUCUAUUUAACGAUUGAUCAACAGUUCCAAUAUCACGACUUAUGGAUAGGAUACUAUGAGCAUAUGGCCUUAUUCGAUUACAUUGGCUGCAUCAAAACCCGAAACGUCCAGCCGAUACUAGCAAUUAUACAACUUGGUGUACCGACCCCAGGGCGAUGCUAUUCGGCAUGCGCAUACACACAAUACAUUGGGAUAAGUAAACGUGAGUGUUAUUGUUUUGACACGAAACCUGGUAGUAAGAUCACAGAACAAGGCUGCAAUUCACCCUGUGGCGAUAUGUCUCAAACUGUGUGCGGCGGAAAGGACCAUAUAUCACUUUACAAAACAAGUGCGAAGGAUACGGAUCUCGUUGCAAACAGAGGAGAUGACAAAUGUCUUCAGAUGAAUUUCCGCACUGGAGAGAAAUAUAAAUGGAGAAAUUGCAACGAUGAAAUGUGGGCUUCAUGUUUAUCAGAUUUUCAACAGUCAGUGAAAAUCUGGAGGAAAAGCAAGACUUGGAACGACGCUGCUAAAGUAUGCUUUAAGCUUAACAGUUAUCCGACACCGGUGGAAAGAAUAAAUCAUGUGACUGACACUAACUUUUUCUCUUGGACCGGGGUCGUGCGCAGUGGUGUUAUCUCCAAAAAUGCUGAUUUGGCAAGCAUGUCGUCCGACAUCAUGCAUGGAUAUAUGACAUAUGACGAUUCUUCCGGAUAUACUCUGAAGUUCACCCAAGCAAAUGAUAGAAAAUAUAUACUUUGUGAAAACGCAAAGGUUACGGAAGCAUCAAAUCCAACAAUAACUGUAUCCUAUGCGACGCCAACGCAAGUAAAUGGAUCAAUAAUGAGUCUCAACGACAACAGUUAUAACGGAAAAAAUACGCAAGGUUCAGAUGCCACUGUUGUUGUGAUUGUCUCGGUCUCUGUUGUGAUGCUUAUUGUUAUUGUGGUUGUCAUUUUGAUUCAAGUAAAACGGAAGAAAAUUCCUUUCCUUUGUAAAAAAGAGCUAACAACUGAAGAACCAGGCCAGAAACAUUUAAAAAGUACAAAAAAUCCAGCCUCUCAUGAAAAUCAUUCAUAUGAACUCGUUGAUGUUGAAGAUAAUGUCAUUGGUGGCCAGUCUGCUGAUAGUAACUAUACUCACACUUACAAUGUGCUGGAGGAACACGUAAAGGAUUCUAUCACUGAUGAUACAACGUACGACGUGUCUGGUAAUAAUAGGAAAACUACUGAAACGGAAAACGAGAAUAUUUAUAAUAAGUUAAAACCAGACGACAAUGUCACAUAUGACCAUGCAUACAAUACAACAAAACAUGGCUUACAAACACCUGAUAUCACUUAUGGCACGUCGGGGAAUGCAGGUAUGAAACCGCUGGCAAGAGCUGCUAAAAACUCUGAUGCAUUUGAUGAAAAUGAUGAGAAUGCUUACAGCUAUACACUAAAUAAUAGACCUCAUAUGACUACAACGGAUAAUGUGUAUAGCGCACAUGGUCAAGCUGGAAAUGACACUAGAGAUACUGGUGAAGGUCAUAACGACACAGAAGACGCUUACAGUCAUAUAAACAAUGCAACAAACGGUAGAAGCAAGCAGGACAUUGCUUAUGGCAAAAUUACUGAAGGUAAUCUAAAAGAAAAUUCAGAAGGAGAUUACGAUGUCACGGACGAAAACAGUUGCAGUCCAAAUGUUGAUAACGAGUAUUAAAUAACUCAGUAGUCGGAACGAUACAUUGAUAUGGAAAAAAUGUUUCUAUCUUGCAAAAAAAGAAAGAAAAGAAAAUAGAUUUAAAGCUGUCACAUGCGACUGAUGAUUCUCUAGUAGCUUUGAUAAAUGAACAACGUCAUAUAUUUUGUAAUAUUUAUGCGCUUUACAUUAGUAAUUUAGAUAGCGUAAGUAUUGAAAUUGCAAAGCUGUCACUUGAACUGAAAACAGCCGUCCAUGCGGUAUCUACAGCAUGCUUGAAUUCGCUUUAAGUCUGAAUUUAUACUAACCCGUGAUAUAUUUUGCAUUGUGUUGCUAUGUACAUAUGUUUCUGUUGUAUGAUAGUAUAGAAUGUUAACGCAGGAAAGCAGUUUACCACAAGUCUUAUAAAGUUUAUAAUAAACUUUAAAGUUUCAUAUUACACUGCGACAUUUCAUACUUGUAUAACUACAGACUCUCACAUCUUCAUAGCUAUAAGAUACGGAGCGAAUGUUAGAUCCGCAGUCUGGCCCGGACAUAAACUGGUUUCAUAAUGUUUGGCCGGAUUCGGUCAAAGGCUCUCCUAUGUUGGUAUUUCGUUAAUGCUUUCAAUUUUAGAUACAGAUUGUACCAACUUUUCAAUAACAGACAAAAACAUUAUUUCAUAAGUAAGAAAUAAAAUGCUAGCAAAAACCUAAAGGAAAGGAAAAAAGAACUCAGAAUUUAAUAAGUCAUGAAACUUAUUUCAGAUCAGAAGUGAAGUUUUCCUCUGGAUACCAAAAGACGCAUAUGAAACUUUGUUUUUUUUAUGAGUAAAACUUAUAGCCUACAAAAAAAUGAGCUGUAUUUAAUUAAUAUUUCAAAGUGAAGUUCAAUUGCCUACAUCAUAUCAUUUUCCUCUGUAUAGUAUGUGUACUGUUAUCUUUUAUCUUGUGUGCAUGUUCGACAGUGAAAUAUACAUGUAUAAGACACUUUGCCUAAAUUAUUUGUUUUGCAUUAAUGUUCAUUCUGUCUCAAAACUUAAAAUCAAUAUAAUUUAAUAAAGGCUAAAACUGUAAAGUAAUGUAAUGACGUAGUUAAUAUAAAUAUUAAACGGAGAAUUAACUAAUUCCCGCCACAAUU